AUGUCCUUCUUUACAAGUAUAUCCGAUAUCAUUGCCAGUUUGUCACCGCGUCGACAACGGCACGACGGUCGCCAACAGCAGCAGCUCCAUCAAUCCUCUCACCACCACCGAAGCCCCUCGAUCUCCGCACACCUUUCUCCCUCCCCGACCUCUACUACACAUAAUCGCCGUACAACGCGCAACAGGCUUCAGCUUUCGCGCGGUGAAGACAUCCGCUCCGACCGCGAUCGCCCCCGCCAUAUUCGCUUCUUUCCGGUCCCAGAGUCGGAUUGCGAGACCACUGCUGCUGAAUCGCAGACUGCUCAAAGUUAUGCCAACACUGAUCCUCUUGCACACAUUGGAAUCGCAACCACUCGUGGACAGUUGCGGUCUCCAUCUCCUCCGUCUGUCAUAGACUUAGACUCUCCCACCCACUGGGGUGAGUUCCCGCAGAUGUUAACCCGGGGCCAGAACCAGAAAGAUGCCCAAGACGAGGCUCGCCUAUUGGGGGCGAAGUACAAGGAUACCCAUGCUGUGAAGAUCAAACCUGGAAGCUCUCUUCAGAACAAGAAAAAGCCUCCUGGGUCAAAUUCUGCGUUCAGACCGACAGAUAGAAUCUCUCGCAAUUCACGAGAGAGUGGGCCUGUUCGCGCGCAAGGGAAGCAAGCUCAUUCUUCUUCUCUGUUGAAGAAUAAUCAACCCCGAUUAGGGCCGCCUAUUGAAUUUGCAGACUCAAAUCGACCAAGUAAACGACAGCGCCACAAUGAUAUUAGUGAUGGCUUCGAUUUGACGAGUGGAGAAGGGAAUGAUUCCUUUGCUCGAACACCCAAUCCGCUUUACCCGCAGGCGAGUCCAGCUAAGAGACAUUCACGCCACUCGCCAAGCUCAAGCCAGCUUUCUCAUAGAGUCAAGAAUAACUCGCAGGUUCGUCGACAUGAUGAAUAUCGCCAGGUAGAAGAAAGCGUUCAUCUCAGCCCUGUCAAUCGCAGACAACAACAACGCCGGCCAGCUUUAUCGUCCUCCCCCGAAGAAGCAUUUACUUCCAAAGCUACUGAACAGCGGCGUUCCAAAGCACAUGAGAAGAAACCUCGCGAAGCUGUACUUGGGGCAAUUGAAGUACCUGUCUUCAGUGGGAAACCGUCAGAAAAUCGCAACAAGCAGACUAAAUCCGCCCACUCAUCCUCACAUGAAGUGAACGGGUUCCAGCGAUUCCAUGAGGCGAGAGAGAGUUCCGACGAAAUUCAAGGCGAAGUUACAACUCUACCCGUUCCAAGGGAUUUGAGCGAACGGCAUCCUCAGGGAUCUUCGAAGGUAGAAGAUCAGCUUAUAUCUCCUACCCGGAAACGUUCACCAGCUGAUAUUCCGACAACUGAUUUCUCGAGGUUCAAGAAAAAGAAAAGGAAACCUCAAGACUUAUCCACGUUGUUGCCGUUGGAAAUCACAUAUCUUCUAUUCGGUUCCAUACAGAGGAGCUAUACUGAGGGCGAAAGCGCCUUUAUUUAUCUUGAUGAAGACAAAAUUCACAUCGGAUCGGAUAUUGUAGGAAAAGAGGGGAAAGUCGCUGAUAUUCUCCUCCGAAAUGUUUACGGAGUCGGUUACGGGAAAGAGUCAAGCCGAAAGAUAACAUUACAAGUGAGAGGGGCUUCGGCUUCGACUAUCACCGUGGAUAUUGAGUUCUCGACACCAGGAGACAUGACCCAACUCGUGCGGGUCCUAAACUCGAUGGGGCAGGUCAACAUACAACCCAAGUCAUCGGAUCAUAUGGACAAAGUUUUCAAACGUCGUGAGAGAGAAUCUGCUCAGUAUAACAAUACAAAGAAAAGACCUCUAGAGGUGGAACUGGAGGUCUCUCCGUCGGCUUCAGCAAUUCAUACUCACGCCGGUCCACGUACGAAGCUUUCCUCUUCUCUACAAGAUUCUCCUAGCAAGUCUAGGAACAUGAAACUGAAAGAAAGCGAGUUUCCUCCUACUGGAGGAGGGGAAAUCGUUACUCAAUCGCGAGAAGUGGACCAUGCGCAAUCGGAUGCUGCUGUCGAUAUACCUGUCAGAAAGUUGAGAGAUCCGCCGGGGCGAGCAACACGAUCCACGAGGCGGACAAAUGGACUUGUGUCAGAUGGCAAGGGCUUAUCUCCCGAACCUUUACGAAGGUCUCCUCCUGAAGACGAUGUCAACCGGAAGAAAUGGAAGAAGCCAUUAGUAUAUCCUCCUUCUGGGAAGAAGCGCGCCGAAGUUAGCGUUGAGGAUCGAGAUCGCUUGCGUGAAAACGAGUUCCUAAACGACAACCUGAUUGCUUUCUAUUUGCGCUUCUUGCAGGAGAAUAUUGAGCGUACAAACAAGAGUAUUGCGGAACGUGUCUAUUUUUUCAACUCUUAUUUUUAUGCUACGCUGAAGAGCACGAAGAAGGGCAGUACUGGUAUCAACUACAGUGGAGUUGAAAAGUGGACUCGUAACAUCAACUUGUUUGAGUACGACUAUAUUGUUGUUCCGAUCAAUGAGGAUGCGCAUUGGUACGUUGCUAUUAUUUGCAAUUUGCCCAGCCUAGGCGUCCCUGCGUGUCCUGUGGGAUCGGGCCCUAAAGAUGACAAGCACCGUCUUGGGAAAUCUGAUGGAGUGCUUGAGAUUCUCGAAUCGCCGAGGGAAUCUCCACAGCCUGCGUCAGAGCUCACUACGGCGGCAAGUGUUCUUGAAAAGUUCAGAAAUAUAACCGGCAAGCACACAGGAGAACAAGAAAUUCGAAAAUCAGAAUCACCUACAUCAAAGGAUGCACGGCAAUCUUUUGCUUCCAUAUCAAUCACGGAAGGCCAAGAGACGUCAGGUAAACCAGAACCCCGAGAGCAUAAAAGCACUCAAGUGGAAAGAGUUGAAGGGAAUGGCUCAGGUUACGAUGGUGGAUGGCCUGACAUCGAAGAAAAUCCUCAGUCGUCGCCGCCUUCGCAACUACAUUAUCCGCAUGAGCAUGAAGCAGACCCCAAUGAGGCUUCAACAAAGUCUGCUGGAGCCAACCAGUCAACCAGCAAGACAAAGAAGAAGAAGAAGAAGCAACGAGGCCCGAAAAUACACCCCAGUCAGCCAACAAUCAUUACUUUCGAUUCUCUUGACCUUGCUCGUUCUUCUACAGUCGGGAUUCUUCGUGAAUACAUAAUCAAGGAGGCAGAGUCCAAACGCGGUGUCAAGAUUAAUAAUAAGGAUCUCAAGGGUAAGCGCGCUAUGAAUAUUCCAUUGCAGCCGAAUUGGUCAGACUGCGGAUUAUAUCUACUAGCGUAUGUGGAGAAGUUUGUACAAGACCCUGAGACCUUUGUUACGAAAUUGUUGCAGCGUGAGAUGGAUGCAAAGGACGACUGGCCUCCGCUUGGGUCUGGCCUUCUUAGACACCGACUUCGCAAGUUUUUGGACGACCUAUAUGAUGAACAAACAGAGUCUAAUAGGGACAAGCCUUCCAUGGCCAAUCAACAGCCUGUGUCAUUCUUGUUGGGACCCCCUCUUCCAAUCUGGGAAGACCGCGAUGGCGACCGCGAUACAGAGCCCCGUACAAAGGAAGAUAAUGAGAAAUCCCAACCGACAGAUUCUUCUAAAGAUGGGGGCACGGAAGAGACACAUCCCGACUCUAUGGAAGAGUUGAAUAAUCCGGACGUUGCUGAUGAAGACGAAACUGUGCUGGUUCCGGUGACACCCACAAAGAAACAUUCUGCUAAAGUUCAAAUACAAGUUGCAGCAACUCCCCCGGGGAGUGGAACGAAGAAGAUCAGGGAGAGUCCUCGUGCAAAGCAUAAGAAUUGA